AUGGCAGACACAUCAGCUGCAGCAGCAGUGCUCAACCUGCUCGCAGAACGUGUUUCCCUAAUAGAGACGAGUUCCUUUGAGUCCCACAGCUCUAUCAUGCCAUCUCCCUCAUCUGCUGCAACGUCCUUCGAGCUGUUCUCGAGAAGCCCCCAAGACCAAGCUGCUCCGUCUUCAGUGCAGGCUCCCAAAGAUAUUCAAAAUCAAGCUGGUUCAGCUCAGCAGUCUCAAACCGCUUCCACGCCUCCUCUGUCCUUCCCCUCCCUCCCCUCGGAUAUUCACCACCUCGUCCUGACCGAGUACCUUCCCUACAAUUCUAUUGUCGCCCUUCGGUCCGCCUCUUCCCACUUCAGAUCCCUCAUCCCUCCCUCUACACUAAAACGUCUCCGCGAAAAAGUCAUUGCCAGUCUCCUCGCCGAUGAACGGGCCAUCCUGAACAAAUGGCUUCCCCAACCUUAUGGCCGCUAUAACGGCCGACCCUCACCCUACAUGACCUGUUACUCCUGCCUACAAUCUCUCCCAACCACAGAGUUCUUCGCAUCACAGGUCAUCGGAUCGAGAGGCAUCGGUCGAAAACGCGCCGUGGACCGCUGGUGCAAGCCCUGCGGACUCAAAUAUGGCAAAAUCCGGCACGGAAAGUGGAUGGAAGAAGUCAACUACGGGUAUGCGGAUCAGCUCCGAUAUGAGACUGUUAUGGGCGGGCAGCAGCUGAAGCUCGAGAACCCAUGUGUCACAUGCUCAUUUAGAGAUCGAUAUGAUAGCCAGCCGGUCUGGUGGGGCUGCGUGGAUUGCUUCAAGAAGGAAGAGAAGAGGUUACAGAAGCAAGACUCUGAGCGUCGGAGGGAUGUACGACGGCAUUGCAGCCGAGUCAAGCAUGGCGUCAAGGCGUUCGUGGAGCCGGAGUAUCUGCGUGAGUUGGGUCAGGAAGUUGGGUGGUGGAUGAGCGCAAACAUGGGCUGGCAUGCUCUGGUGCGGAAGGGACACACCGUUUAUUGGUGGGUCAAGGAUGAGAGCUUUCUGACAAGGGCGUCUAGGACUUGUGGCCGGGUUGGGAGAGUGUUGGAUCCGAGAAAGAUACAAGAGCCUGGCCAGAAGCUAGGUAGGAGAGCGAAGAGAGCUGUUGGUGCUAUGUUUGACAUGGGCAAGAAGAACAAAGAGAAAGAAGGCAGCACUACAGAGGGUGAAACAUCAUCGGCACAAACUGAAGAUUGCGUUAUCUGCUGCGCUGCAGGCCUAGAUAGCGCAACACUGGAAGCUGACACCAAUCUCACAAAAUCAACGGUAAAAGCGCCGUCAUCGCACCAUUCCCAUCAUCAUCAUCAUCAUCACCACCACCACCACCACAUCGCUCCUCCGCAUCGAGAAGUCCGCUGCUGGCGCUGCUGGCGAGCCAAGCGCUCCCGUCGUCAACGUCGCCACGAUGAUGGACUCGCGUACGCUCUUCCGCUCCCAAAGGAAAGAUGGUGUGACGGAUGCCAAGCCGAGCAUGAACACUUUGUUGCACUGGGAAGGGAGAAAAGAAAAGGUGUGGGAGGUGAUGAGCGGAGGAAGACUGUGCCGACAUUGAGGGAGGAGAAGGACACCGCUGAGAGCAUGGAUGAACCUGAAGUGAAUGAAGAAGAGGUAGAUGCUGAGCUGGGGCUCGGUGGGUUGUUUGGCGAGACUUGA